AUGAUGAUGGUGGCACAGGCACACGUGGGACUUCUCUCCUUCACUUCCUGCAUUCCUUGUGUUCCUCUACCUUGUCGUCUCAAAUUCGGCUUUACCAAACACAAAACUCUUACCAUGGCCACAAUGAGUGAUGAUCCUAUUCGUGAAUGGAUCCUGUCAGAAGGCAAUGCAACUGAGAUAAGAGGGAUUCGUUCCAUUGGUGGUGGCUGCAUCAAUCUUGCCAAUCGUUAUGACACCGAUGCUGGUUCUUUCUUUGUUAAAACAAACAGGAGUAUUGAUUCAUCAAUGUUUGAGGGAGAGGCUUUGGGUCUUAAUGCAAUGUAUGAAACCAGAUCAAUCCGUGUACCUAAACCAUUUAAGGUUGGAACUCUACCAACAGGUGGUUCAUACAUUGUCAUGGAAUAUAUCGAAUUUGGUGCUUCUAGAGAUCAAUCUGCAUUAGGGAGGAAGCUUGCAGAAAUGCAUAAAGCUGGGAAGUCCGGGAAGGGAUUCGGUUUUGAUGUUGAUAAUACAAUUGGCAGUACUCCACAAAUAAACACAUGGACGUCUGACUGGAUUGAAUUUUAUGGAGAGCAUAGAUUGGGUUACCAACUGAAGUUGGCUAGACAACAGUAUGGUGAUUCAUUAAUUUAUGAAAAAGGACAAAGACUAGUAAAGAAUAUGGGACCUCUCUUUAAAAAUAUUAUUAUUGAGCCAUGCUUGUUACAUGGAGACUUGUGGAGUGGAAAUAUCACAUCUGACAAAAAUGGAGAUCCUGUUAUACUUGACCCGGCAUGUUACUAUGGACAUAAUGAGGCAGAGUUUGGAAUGUCUUGGUGUGCUGGAUUUGGAGGAUCUUUUUACAAUGCAUACUUUGAGGUGAUGCCCAAACAACCUGGUUUCGAGGAAAGGAGAGAUCUCUAUUUGCUGUAUCACUACUUGAAUCAUUAUAACUUGUUUGGUUCUGGUUACCGUUCAUCGGCCAUGUCCAUUAUUGAUGACUAUCUCCGGAUGUUAAAAGCUUAG